UGUCCCGGGGACUGAGGCCGGGGGCGGCGCUGCUUUCCCGUCACGCGGUGGCCGGGGCCCCUGCCGCUUUUGAAGGCAGCCUUUUUUGUGCCCGGAUUGUAACCCCGGCGUUGUGCGGGGCCAGCUGACGAGCGCUGCCCACGCCCGCUUUGGCUCGGACGCACCCUCAGAGAGGCUGGGUGUUAAACCGAUAACCCCGUGGAAACGCAGUCCGCUGGGAGGGGCGGGGCUGCUGUGUCUGGGCGCCCUUCGUGGGCUCUGCUCAGGGGCUGGAUGCAGAUUCACGUCCCCUGGGCUGUAAUACUUGGGGCCAGUUUAGGUGGGUGGUUUAGAUGAUGGUGGGGGCCUGUGAUAUACAAGAGGUCAUGGUGCUCUCUGGCCUUAUACGCUAGGGAUGGUCAAGAGUUGGAAGGCACUUGGCUUGUGUUGUGUUUUGUGAACUUCUUCUGUGUUAUGCUGAGAGUGCAAGCCGCCAGGCCGUGUGCGUUCUGGCACCCUGCCCAGCUCAUCUGGAGACCAGUCUAAAACUCCACCCUUCCUGCCUCUCGCAAGAGACUUUGAUUUGGAACUGCAGGUACAUGACUGCAUCUCGGAUCUCCCACGUAAUGCAGUAUAGGCCCAACAGGUGUUCGCCUGAGGCAGCAAAAUGUUUAGUCACGGGUUAAUGGUGUGGGUUUCAGCCUUGUGUCUUUUAAAUUUUCCUAUUGGCAAAUCAGUCCUGAUUCAUUCUCUCUUGCAUAGAGCUAAAGAUUCACAUUUUAGAUCUUAAUUUUAAGGCCGUUUUUGCAGUCUGGAGAUAGAAUUUGCUGAUGCUUCAUGAAAUAUUUUAAAAACUUACAAAAAUUCAAAGACCUGAGUAAUUUACAUUGCACUGCUUAUGACCACUCUGAAUUUGCCUGAGGUAGCAAAAAGCCACAGAACCAGCUCUAGUGUUGUACUCCUAACCUAUGGAAAUGUUGUUGUAGCUAAAAUAUUUAUAUGUUUGUUUAGUUAAUUCCCUAUAUACUGUUGUUGAAAUAGACAUGCUGCAGUCUGGCUAAUUAGGGAAAUGGGUAGUUUCUUCAGCAGGCAUAAGAUUAGAAUCUACAAUAGUGUGUGAUUUGGUGAAAGAUGUUUGUAAAGAGAGUGUUGGGGUUUUUUAAAUUGUUUUAGAAAAGUAAUCAAAUUGUUGACUUAACUGGUUAACCAAAGCAGAUUUUGUGCUGUAUGAGAAAAGUGAAUAUUUCCUUUGUAUUUAAACUCCUUCAGCUUUUGCCUGUUCAUGACAUCUGUCAUUCUUAUUAACAUUGUAUACCUGGAAUGUUCAGUUAUUCAGUUCAGCAUGCUGCUGGGAAUGCUCACAGCAAUCAAGUGCUCAGUUAAAUGCGAGGAGCUGACAUAUACACACACUGCUGCUUCCCUUGAGGAGACUGCCAAUUAUGCUGAACUAUUUCAUGCCUUUCCAAGAGGAAAAAAGGGCCUACAUACAUAUUAGCAAAUACCCUUAUACUUGACGUAAGGAAGUGUUUCGCCCUACAUCUACGGAGAAUUCCAAAAGUAUUAAAGCAAAAAUUAUUAGGACUGUUUUUAAAAAUAUAUGGUGAAUGGACUAUUAAAACACAAUUUGUUUCAAGCUGCCCUAGCUAUCACUUGAUUAUCACUCUAUAAAAAUUAAAAAAUACAUUAAAAUUUAAAGACUCGGAUUUGUUUUGUUUUUUUUUUAAAUGCAGUAAUUUUUUGCAUGUCACUCUCCCUUCAUGUUAAGAUUGAGAACUAAGACUCAAUAGGAAUAUGAAACCAAAUAUAUUCACUUUGAGUUCUGAAGUGGUAAGGCAUAAAUGAUGCUUUAUUCUCAAAGACUUUUUGGUGUUAGACGUGGAGUAUAAAUCUAGUUUGAGGAAAUAAAGUUGUGUUUUGCUCAUACACAACUGCCUUUUGAUUAGGGUGCAGAUGAAAUAAUUGUGUGUGUGUGUGUGUGUGUGUGUGUUCAGUUGAUCAGUUUAAUAACAUAAAACGGUAGCCAACACCAGAUGUUUCAGAGGAAGAUGGAAGAAAACUGCAGCAGGCAAUUAUGAGAGAAUCUGCCUCCAGAAGUACUCCCUCCUAACCCUCAGUAGAAAUUGGCUUAAGCCCUUCCAAAACUGUUUGAUGGCUUUUCUUUGUUCUUUUAUUUAGUGUUUACUACUGUGAUUCUAGAUUUUUCUUGUUAUCCAUACAAAAAAUUGCUAAUUUCAUUUUGGAAUCUGCUAAGCUUUUUGCCUCAAUGAUCUCUUGUGGGAAUGGAUUUCAUAUCGAAUUAUACAUUGUAUGAAAAGGUGUCUGCCACCUGUUUUUCAAGGGACACAACCAACUUGAAAAUCAGAUUUUUCAAAACAAAUAUGAAGUUAAAUGUAGCACCUAAGAUAACUGGAAGAAGUUUGAGUGAAAAACUGUUUUGCUCUGUUUGUUUUUUGUUUGUUUGUUCUAUUUUGUGGAUUUGAUAGCACUUUGUGCAUAGUCAAUGUCACUGCUUUCCCCUGUGUAGCCAGUCAAUUUCUCCUGUGCUGAAAAGACAGUUAUAAAUAUCAACAGGGAAACUAAAAAACAUUUUAAAUAUCUCAAAGGAAUUUUUUUUAAAAGCCAUACUCCUUAGAAACUGGAGUAUCUUUAAAUUAUUCUGUUUAAGAUUUUUAAAUAGUAUCAGUUCAGAUCCACUUAUGUCAAUACAGAGUACACAUUUUAUCACAUAAUUUACUAAAGGAUACUUUUUUUCUGUAGCUUAGGAAAAAAUCUAAAAGCAACCUUGUGUAAAACCAAAUCCCACAUUGUGGAUUUUCUUAGUUGUUCAUUACCACUGUUACUUCAAUUGUAGAACAGUUUUUUAGAGAACUGAAAGGGGAAAAUAUACAUGGAUACAAUCAUUAAAUAUACUUUCCUUCUGUAUUCUUCUUUUAAGUGAUCUAGCGGAUGUCUGAAAGUUGACUUGAGCAUAAUCAGUGAGAUGUUUUCCCAUUUGGGGUCUGUGAGGAGGUUGUGUCUGGAGAAAAUAUUGCUACAGUGGGUUCUUCAGGCAAGACCUUUGUCAGGGGCCGAAGCCUUCAAUGCUCUCAGACCUUUCUAUUUUGCUGUGCAUCCAGAUUUCUUUGGUCAGCAUCCCAGAGAGAGGGAAAUCAAUGAAAACUCUCUUAAGAGGUUAAAUGGCUAUUUGGAGAAUCUCCAGAAACCAGGAUUUAAGUCUUUUAAGCCAACUCAACUCACUUUUUACGUGAGAGAGAGAGAACAAAACUCUUCUGAUGUCCAAGAAUCCUUCAGUGCUGCAGGUUUUCGAGCCGUCAGUUUUACUUUGCACACCAGGGACUUACUAAGCACAGUGUUAGAUAUUCUCAACUCCUGCAGCUUAUCUACUGAGCAUGUCCAAAGUGUGAACUCUCAGCCUCACAAAGAAGUAAAAGGGACAUUUUACAGGCCUAUCAAAUGGGACAAGACUUAUUACUCAUUUACUGGAUUCAAGGAUCCUGAGGAAGAACUAGAACAAGCCCAGAGGGUGGAAAUUACUCUAAUCUCCUGGUUAGAUAAUAGUGAAAAAAGUGCAGUAAAGAAGCUGAGAAACAGCUUACCACUUAGGGAAGAACUAAACCGUUUAAAAGAUGAACUCACUCAUCAGCUACAGCUCUCAGAUAUCAGGUGGCAAAGAAGCUGGGGUAUUGCCCAUCGUUGUAGCCAGCUACACAGUCUAGGUCGUUUAGCUCAGCAGAGCCCAGAAGUACUAAGGAACGUUAAAGGACACACAGUAGUAUUCACGGACUGUUCAGGUAUGAGUGCAACGGGCCAUGUCAUGCUAGGCACAAUGGAUGUUCACCACCACUGGAUCGAAAUUUUUGAGAGAUUGCCUAGCUAUUAUAAACUUCAAAAGAAGAUGCUGCUUUUGGAGGACCGUAUAAGUCAUCUUCUCGGAGGCAUACAAAUAACAUACAUUGAAGAGCUGCAACCACUGUUAACUCUUGAAGAGUAUUACACCACUCUUGAUGCUUUCUAUAAUAGAUUGCUAAACAGUAGGCUAUCUUUUCACCCUCGUAGUCUGCGUGGCUUGCAAAUGAUUCUAGAAAGUGAUAGGUAUGCUCCAAGCUUGCAUGAACUUGGUCAUUUUAACAUCCCAACAAUGUGUGAUCCAGCAACCCUUCAGUGGUUUAUUAUUACCAAAGCACAGCAAGCAAGAGAGAAUCUGAAAAGAAAGGAAGAGUUGACAGUGAUGGAAAAAGAGCUAAUCAGUGCUUCCACUGAAAAAUUUUCUCUGAAACAGCUGUAUAAGGAGCCAAGUAUUUCCCAUGCACAGAUGAUAGAUUGUUGUAAGCGACUGCUGGAAGAAUCGCUCCCAUACCUGCAAGGCAUGCACCUCUGCAUUUCACACUUUUACUCAGUGUUGCAAGAUGGAGACCUCUGUAUCCCUUGGAACUGGAAAAGCUGAGGCCUGUCUAAUAAUCAGAGGAAAUGUCUAUUUUCACUAAGAGGCUAUAAACAUGAAUUAUUUUCUUUUAGAGUAAAUUAUUUAAACGUGUAUUUUGAUAUCAGUAUUCUGACUAAUCUAAGAAUUUCUUUUAAUUGCUGCUCAGAAAGUAGAACUUCAGUUCUUGACAGCCUACUGAAUAAUGUACAGUAUUGCUAGUUCAUGCAUAAAGUUCUGUACGGUUUCCAUACUCCUCUUGAAGUCCCAUCAUAGGGAAGGGGUAAUGAAAGGGCAUUUUUGAUAGUUAAACAAAACCUUUGAAUUGGAUUUGAAGGUUACAAAUUUGGUUUGUUUGUAAUGUACAUGAAUAUUCCAGGAUGGAUUUUGUUAAGUUCAUAGAAAUUGUACCUUUAAAGCCAAGCACUAUGUACUAUCUAAAGUAGGUAACUAACUGGAUUCAAAAAUUAAGAAAUAUCUUGUCAAAGUAGUUUUAAAAGCUGUAGAAGUAAUUCUAGAGUCCUUCAUAUAUCAUUAAUUAUCUGGUGCCAAUAUUGUAGUUACAUAUUGUUGUAUAUCUUACUAUAUAAGAAAUAUAGAAGAGUGAAAAACCCUUCAGUGUUUUAUAUGCAGACAGGAACAGUACUUUGAACAUUUGUUUGAGGAGUUUAUUUUAAAUAUCAAUUUAAGAUCUGCCCGUUGGAGUAGGUGUUCACACUUAAAAAAUAUUUGACAUCCUCUUUGUAAAUAUAUCUCCAACUUACAUUAUUGUUACUAUCAUUUGUUACUGGAGUAUAAAAUGCAUCAAUUGUUUUUAAGUACACUGUAGCUACGGGCAUGACCAUGAAACUCUUACUCACACUGGUGAGCGCUGAUUUGUAUGACUAGUCCCAGUGAAGUCUAGGGGUGGUAGAAGUCAGUGUGACUACUCAUAACAGUAAGAGCUCACUAAUGUAAGUGAGGUUCACAAUCAACCCUGAGGAUCAGGCAUAAUGAAUUUUAUUUAUACUUGAUAACUCCAAUAGCUGAUUGAGAGCUUAUUUUCUGAGUAAAUGUUAGACACGUUAAAAAGCUGCUGUUUCACUGUAUUUCACUCUAAAAUACACACCGUGUUUGAGUUCUACAUCUUGCGAAAUCAUCUGAAAGGAACGAGCCAUUUAACAUUUUUUGGACUUGGAUUCAUCUUUCAGAACUGGCAAAAAUACUGUAAAAUAAAUAUGUAUAAAUUA